AGCUCAUCUAUUUCACGCCGCUUCGAGAAGGGCAGCCAUGCACCAGCAACUAUGGUGCCCGUCGUCCCGAUGCACAUGCAGGGUCAGGCGCAAGGCGCGGAACUAUUGAAACGGUGCUGCAAUUUUUGCGCUCGUGUUGGUGUUGGUGAGCAGCUGCGCAUAUUGUCGAUUUAUUUCGCGAUAUUAACGAUAAGACAUCUCUUCGCACAACAGCAUGACAUCAUUAAGUAAAACUCUCGAUCUGUGAGCGUACCCAAGCUACUUGAUGUCACACUGAAAAUAAGCUGCUCAAGUGCGGAAUAUUAAACUAUGGAAGACACGACGGGAAUGACCGCCCCACUCGCGGGGAUGAACCAGAUGUACGGCCUAACGCCCAAGCAGUACCAGGACGUGGUCAAGGCGUUUCAGGCCUUUGACGAUUCCGGGGACGGUCUCAUUGACAUGGAAGAGUUGGAAGACGUCUUGCGGCUGCUGGGGCAGAAUCCGAGCUACAAAGAGCUCCAGCAGGUCAUGGACGCUUUGGAUCAGGACAAGUCUGGGCAAAUUGAUUUUUCCGAAUUCCUACCCUUCAUGGCACAGGUAAAAAGUAGAUUAUAUUUCCGACCUGGUGUUUAUUUUGUUUUUGUUGCCCUCAGGCAAUCAAUUUGUUGUGCUGUCUGGCUUUAUUGCCGCAAUAGGAUUCAUUGUGUGUUUAUUUAGUUUCUCCUUGGCGGGAAGUUGAACUAAAAACCCUUUUAUUUGUCUGUGCUAUAAUGAUUCAUCUAGGUGAUAAAGCUCCAGUCGGAAUCCACCAUUGAGGGCAUGCUGCGAAAAAAGAUGCCGGCCUACAUCCACGGAACAGAGCCAGAGAUAAAAUCCGUCGGCGACCGGAGAAAAGUAGUCAACUGGUUGGUCUUUCUCACCGGCAUAACGGUUCCCUGGUUGGUUUUCUCCCUGUUCUUCUGGCUCAACAGUUUCAAGUAUUGGGAGAUCCCGAACUGGUAUGCAAGAAAUAAAAAACUGUGUAAGUGUGUUGACUUUGUCUUGCAGAUGCUGCAAUACAGUUACACAUGUCAUGCUGGAUGAAUGUGCAUCAGACGCUAUUUUCAUACGUGUAGUUUUCGCGUACUACAUACGCCUGACAGGUUUUAUUCUCUGUCAUGCAAAACAAAUCUGUGAUGCUUUUCCUGCAAAAAAAAGUUAGAGUUACACUUGCACACUUUUUUUCUUGGAUAGUUCGACCCACGCGAUAAACUCCCUCACCGUUUUCUUCUUUUUCUACUUCCUCUAUAUCAAAUGUAAAAAUGUCUGGGUCUGGAAAAGUGCAACUUGUCAUGCUAACUCUGAAUCAUACAAAAUCUGCGUUGCAUGAUUAGGCGCAGGGUCACCCGGUCGGCAGAGCCGAUCCAUACGAACGAACGAUGAUUACCAAUAAAGCUGUUCACUUUUGAGAAGGCCGAGAGGCAGUUUCUCAUGCGGAAAAGGCAUGGUAAAGAUCUCACAGAGUCUGUGAUGCUACGGCAUGCAUCAGAGACCUAGCACGUCAUGCAAAACCUGCAUCACAAGUCUGGCAUUCUCCAGACCCAGACAUUUUUGCAAUCCAUACUCUAUCGGUAUAAACGACGCAUGCAGCUUCCCACCCAGUGGUUCCUCGCCUUUCAGGCCUUUGCGCACGUCUUAUAUUACAAUGAAAACUGCCCCCACCCCCGAAUCGUUGGAAGCAUUUGUAUUGCAAACCUUUCCAAAUGAAACAUUCGCCAUCUUGCAUCUAUCAGCAUCACAGGUUUCCAAUCGUGAAUAGCAAAAAUUUGUAUUGCAAAGGACCGCGGCAAGAGCGGCGCUUGUGAUGCAAGCGAUGCUGUAUACGACUAGACUCUGCAUCAGAAAGAUUCAUACUCCUUUCAUGCAAGACAAAAAGUUCGUCAUUUGGAAACUUCGCAUGAGAAACUUUUGCAACUUUGGGCAUUUUUCACUUUGAUAUCUUACUCGGCAUGUUCUGCGGCAACCUGAACUUCUGGUUUUACCUGCACCCCUACUUAUGCAUUCCAAGUAUGUCCGGGUCUGGAAGGUUGCAACUUCUGAUGUUGUCUUUCGAUUCUAAAAAAAUUUGUGUUGCAUGACUAGCAAGAGGAGCCCAGUUUCUGCUACACGGAGAGGGCAUUUCUCAUGCGGAGUAGACAUUAGGAAGGGUUCUAAAAAUCUGUGAUGCUAGGUCGUGCAUCACAGACAAUCAUGGGUCAUGCAAAAUAUGCAUGACAAACCCGGCAAUCUUCCAGACAUCCAGACAUUUUUUCAUUCGAUACUACUACCAGCUGAACCAAAUGGCGACGUACAACGCAAUAAAUCCGUCCAGAUUGUUACCCUGUGUAAAAACGUUCCCACUCCAGAGUCAAGAUGGAGAUCUCGCAACACAAAUCCAGAAGUUUUGGGAGUCACGCAUGACAAGUUCCUCUCUGCAUUGUCGCGCAGAUUAGCAAGUAUUGUCGCUUCACAAAACCUCCACCCACUUAUCCUGUUUACAGCAUUACAAAUUCCACAACACGAUUAGAAAUGUCUUUCAUGGGGAUGCGCAUUACAAGUUUUCCUGUAACUGCAAAUCUGCAUGACAACUCUGGGGUGGCGACGUUUUUCCUCAGGAGAACUAUUCACCACCAAAAUCGAGCGCGACCCAAAUACCAACGCGAUCAAGUACACGACGUCAAUAUGAAUUGCAAAAGCAUCGUACUAGUAGUAAUUGCAUUACAAAUUACCGUAGCAUGACAAAUGAAAUUUGUCAUGCUGUUUUACCUUGGGAUGUAGAUUUGUAAUGCAUAAUUGCAAAUACUACGAGUGCGAUACUUUUGCACAGGAUAGUCAACGAGUAGCCGCCCGACGGAGGGAAAGAGGUACCAGGACGGGGUAUCAAAAGGAAAAAUCCCCCCUCCCCAUAUCAAAACGAAAUUUCUGAUGCUGGAUUUGAGUACACAAAUCAGAUUUGUAUUGCAGGAAAGCACUGCGGUCAGAUCCCCGGGCUAGGUAGGGGCGUAUGGGUCUAGUAGUUCAGCAUGGCAAACGGCCCCCCUUUAGGCCCAACAGCAUGACAAAUCGCUUCCAUAAUGGGGCGGAAGCUUCUGCCCUUGUCUUCUUGCAAGACAGAUGUGGUCUGUGACCUCAAAUGCGCAACACAAAUUUUUGGAAACAUACCGUUUCAAUAUGGGGAGGGGGGAUUUUUCCUCUCAAUACGGCGGGAAGUUUUUCUUCCGUUCGGGCAGCAAUGUGGUAAUAGACACGGACAAAGUCAUCUCCUUUAAAAAUCACGACGACUACUGUGCGGCGCCCAUCGUGUAUCACGAGAAAAAAGUGUUACAGUUACACAUUUGCUGGAGUUUCUGCAUCACAAAUUUUCUCUGUGUCACAGAGAAAACCUGUAUUGCGAAGAUCAUAAGGGAAAACAGGAAGGAAACGAGGCUCCCAAGCAUUUCCUGCAUGAGAAAAGUUAUCUGUGUUGCCGGUCUUGCAACACAAUGUGUAACUGUAACACUUUUUUCUUGCGAUAUCGUGGACAAGUCUUGCGGGAGCGACUGCGGGUUUGACAUGUGGGCGGUGGGGAAGAAUUUAUCCUGUGCAAAAGUAUCGUACUCGUAUAAAUGCAUCACAAAUUUCCUCAGCAUGAGAAAUAAAAUCUGUAAUGCGGAUUCACCUUCAGAAAAAAAAUUGUAAUGCAUGAUUGCAAUUACUACGAGUGCGAUACUUUUGCACAGGAUAAAAUUGCUGCGGAAACGACGGAAGCUUUAAGUGGACCUGUGAGGGAUACGGUAUGAUUAUAAAGUUAGUAGGUUUACGUAGAAUUUUUUGUCAUGCAGAAUUUGCACGCAGGCACGUGUCUGCAAUGCAAAAUCGAAAAAGCCCAAGUAAUCUUUCGUUAAUAAACCCUCGAUGAUCAGACCCCACCCUUGACGAGGGAAAUACCAACAAUCCACUGGCCGAAAGAAAGGACCGGACCGCGGUUCGCUGGAUAGAGGAGUCAACUGUUAUAAAUUGCAAAUAUCCCUGGAUGUCUGGAAGGAUGCGAACUUGUGAUGCGCAUUUCACAACACAGACAAAUCUCUCAUGCAUAGGCAGCAAAUCAUGUCCAUUUCCUGUCACCAAAGUGGGGGGUCGAUUUGUCAUGUGGAUUAAGCAAUGCGGAAGCUUGUCGAAAUCUGUGAUGCUCGGGCUUCCAUGACAGACAAACUGUGUCAUGCAAAAACAGCAUGGCAAAAAACUGCACUCUUCCAGACCCAGACGUAUUUGCAUUUGAGAACUGUUCCCUUCUACCGAUUAGCGGUGUUGGAAGCGGAAGGGAUACACAAUGUGAAAUCCGCACACCCACUGUUUCUACGGUUUUUCCAGAACGGCCGUGACCCGGAGAUUCUCGUCGCGACUUACGCGCAGACCGGCAUAAAAGUGACGUUUGCGUUGUUGUUUUUUGUUUUCGUGCUGAACAUUUUUGUCAUGCUCGGCGUGGCGAAGAGAUUUAUUACCACAAAAGUGCCCUCACUGGAGGAUUUUUGAUAGAAGAUGAACAAGAAGUGCUGAAUAUAAAGCGUACCAAGUUGCGUAGCAAGGGAGUAGUUGGUGCAGAAGUUUGUUUUUUCCAAAUAUCACGUGGACAACAUCCAUGCCAAUUCAAUGAAAACUCCCAU